AUGGUCAUCCUAUACGAUGCGCCACUUAGUGCAGAAGAACAAGCAUCUAUCAACGUGGAUGCACUCGUUAACGACAGCGACAAUGAGCCAAUCCGACCCAUCCCAAGCACUCCGCUGAGCGGCCACUUCUUCGAACAGCCUCGUCGAUCGACCCCCACUAUACCACCUGGCUUCACAGCGCCGGCCAUACCCAAAGCAGUGCUUGAGGAGUCACGGUCUCGUCCUGGAUCUCGACCAAUGUCUCGAACUACAUCCUCAACCAUCGCACCAGCCGUACCUGUCGUGCCUGUUACUCCGCUUGUUAGCGCAACGCCUAGUAAGGUCACCAAGGGUAAGCAAAAGAGUGAUACUGUCGUGCCAGCGACCCCUACAGCAGUCCCAGUAGCUUCCACUGUAGCUAAGCUUCCACCUACGACGCCUUCAAGAACGACGACUAAAGAAUCUGCCGUUGUUGUCCCACAAACACCUAAGGAACCCACACCCAGAGAGGCCUCUAGGGCAGCCAAGGAAGAUGUAGUGCAGACCCCGAAGUCUACGCCAGAUGUGAAGAAGUUGAUGUCGGAAACAGCUACAAAGGAAACCCCAAAGUCAAAGGGCGCUUCUAAGAAGACCCAACCUGCGACUCAGACUACCCCGAAGAAAGAGCCACAGAAAGAGAUGGCACGUACUCCUGUGACGAGUACGAUGCCUGCAGCCUCGACCAAGCGGCAGCCUCCAGGCAAGCUCGAUAUCACAGCGGCCACUAAAGUGUCGCUUGAUGAGAGCUCCCCAGCUCCAGGCUCGGCCAAAGUGGACUCCCAGACAAGAAACCCUCGCUCUUUGCCGACGCCAUCAGCCGGCUCCGUACCCCCAAGCCCUGCUGCAGUGGUGACUGGAUCGCCGAUCAAGCGUACGGGUGCGCCCAGGACUCUGCGCGUCGUCGCAACACCGAAAGCAGAAGCUCCACCGCCUUUGUCAGCGCCGUCAGCGCCAUCUCUGCCUCAGAUACCAACAGUCGAUAAGCUUCGAUCUAGACAAGCGAGUAUCGCUUCUGUCAAUCUACCAGGCACACCAAGCGAAAUGAUAUCGGACACAGCUUCGGUCACUUCAACAUCGUUCUCGAGGGCUAGUUCACCGCCGCCUGUUGGCGGUAAGGUCGGAACUGCACCUGUAAGGAAGAAGACGAAAUCUCAAGCCAAGAAGGAUAGACAAGAACGAAAGAAGCAAAUUGAAGAAGAACAAUUGGAGGACCCCAAGUCGGAUGUUGAAGUUAUGCAAGUUCCAAUCAUCGGUCGCAAGAAAAAGGAGAAGAAGCCGACAACUAAACCAAAGCCUAUCGCCGCAGCUUUCAAGAGUCAGCCGGCUUCGCCUAAGCCAGCCACAGUCGAAGAGGAACAUCCUGAAGUGCCAACGACGACAUCGCGCAGGGUUUCGUCAGCGAAGGUCUCGGCAACAGCAACGCCCGAACCAGAUCCAGAGCCCGAACAGCCUAAGGAGAAGCGAGAGAAUUCUGCUCAAUCUAUCAUGGCUGAUUUGCAGCGCACAGGCGAGCUCCUCGUAUCAACUCUUGAGUUCUUCAAGCCGUUGUCUUCGUCACUUACUCAUGCCUCUCGUUCUACUCAAAACGGUAACGUGACUGCACCUCCGGACCUGAAGCUGCACUUCUCCCAAGCCGACCUUGAGGCGCUUGCUAAAAAGAAGCCAGUACGUCUCAGUAGCCAGGAUGGCAAGCCAGAUUCUAAGACCCUCAUCACACCUAACGGCAAGUUCUUUUGGGGCCUAACCGAGGAGCUUGAGACGAAAGCGCUUGAGCUUGAAAAGCAUAUCGAGGAACUCAAAGGCCAUGCCCGCUUCCACCCUCGUAAGCAGACCGCACAUAGUCAUAACAUGACGAACUCAGCGCAUUCCAAUGACGUCCUUCCAGCAAUUGCCACUGCACUCAAGGAGGCAGGUAAAAAGCUGAACACCAACGGGGGGCAACAGAUGCCGCGAUUGGACAAUUCUUCUGGACUUCUCGGUUCAACGAAUCUUCCCCUGCCACCCGUGCAAGGGCAGGACGCGCCUAUGCCUCAAGUCCCUCCCCCACAGCAACAGCAAACACCCGCCGACGCUGGCGCCUAUCUUAACCAAUACGUUCUCCCAAAGACAGACAACCCGCCACCGAACCAGCCACGGCCUGAGAUGGCCGCUGUUGGUGGUGCACCUGGGGCUGGGACAGCAAACAUGUCUGUCAAUUCGAACAAGUUUGCCAAAGCGGCCAAGGCAGUUGUCGAAGGGGGAGCAGUAGGAAGCACAGAGAUAGACGGCAUGGGGAUGAUGGCGGCUGAUAGACUGGGCGGCGUCUUUGUCCAGGGUCUCGAAGCACUCGUAGGUGCUGGACUUGGCUACCAGUCUACACAAGAGUUUGGCCUUGACGGCAACGGCAACAUCACGUUAGGAAAUGGUAGUGGAGGAGGACUAGACAUGCAGGGUUUGAUGAACGCGAUUGAGACGACAGCUGGUAUGGGUGGCUACAGUGGCAAUGCGAGAAGAGGAAGAGGCAGUGUACUGACUAUGGAGGAAGCGGAACAAGCCAUGCACGCAGCGAGAAGAGAGCAUGAUGUGCUGGAAAAGAAGCUCAAUGCGUUGAUGAAGAAGAACAAGAAGCUGGCGACUGGCCUAGGAAAGUAG